GGGGCAGGAGAUCCCUCUAUGAAGGCAGGAAUAAAUAUGGGAGUUUAUACCUGUAAUACAUCGAUGAAAAAUGAAGCUUUCUUCUCCUCAGACGGAGAUAUCAUGAUUGUACCUCAGUUAGGAAAGUUGUCGAUCAUGACUGAGUUUGGACAUAUUGAAGCAGAAUCUUGGGAGGUUGUAGUUAUCCCAAGAGGAAUCAAAUUUGCAGUUGAAGUUACUGAAGAUUGUAGAGGCUAUUAUUGUGAACUCUAUGAUGGGCAUCUUCAAAUUCCAGAUCUUGGGCCAAUUGGAACUAAUGGAAACGCGAAUCCAAGAGAUUUCGCGAUUCCGAAAGCAAAAUACUUUGAUGAGACUAAUGAAUAUAGAGUGAUCCAGAAAUAUUUAGGAAAAUUCUUCGAAUAUACUAUCCCACACAACAUCUUCGACAUAGUUGCUUGGCAUGGAAACUAUUAUCCUUACAAAUAUGAUUGCCAUCAUUUCAACACAAUGGGAAGUAUCAGUUAUGACCAUCCCGAUCCCUCUGUUUUCACCGUCCUCACUUGCCAGACUCCCGAUCAUGGACAAGCCGCUCUAGAUUUCGCGAUCUUCCCUCCUAGAUGGCUAUCAAUGGAAGACACAUUCAGGCCUCCAUACUUCCACAGAAACACCAUGAACGAGUUCAUGGGCAACGUGGCAGGCCAGUAUGAUGCUAAAGAAGAAGGGUUCUCACCUGGAGCAGUUUCUUUGCACUCAUGCAUGUCAGCACAUGGUCCAGAAGCAGAAGUUGUUGAGAAAGCCUCAACUUGAGAACUGAAACCGCAAAAAGUCGGAGAAGGGUGCUUAGCCUUUAUGUUUGAGACCUGAUAUACAAUGAAAGUUACAAAGAGUUUCAUGCACGAUUUAGAAGGAGCUACAGAUUCUUAUAGCGUCAACUCCCACAAGGCUGUUGAUGAAAGCUACCAUGAUUGCUGGAAAGGAAUGAAGAGAUUAUUCGAUCCAAAUGAUCCAGAUGCCGGAUAUAAAAAGUAUCUCAGCGAACAUAAGAAUUAGUU